AUGAGAAGCGACCCAAAAAAGAUCGACAUUACGGGCGGACAAGUAGGUGGCAAUGGGGUGCAAAUCAAUGCCUAUGUACGAGGCGAUUUACAGGUACCGAGCAUUUCCACCUCAAAAGACGCCGAGAAGGAAAAGGCCGCCGCAUGUCGCGACGCGCUGUAUCUCACUGAUCCUGACAUCGACCGCGAGAGUGUGAUUAACGCGAAAGGAACGAGAGUCGCGGGUACAUGCGAGUGGAUCACGCAGAACGAGACCUAUCGCGCCUGGCUCAAGAGCGAUAGCGACAGAAGCAAUGAUGCAGAUUACAAUGGCGAUACGCGCCUGCUUUGGAUCUCUGGCGGGCCUGGCAAGGGCAAAACGAUGAUGUCUGUCUUUCUGACGGAGCAAUUAAAGGAACAUACUGCGCGCAUGGAAAACACAGACCUCGUGUUCUUUUUCUGCAGCGCUGAAGAUAAGAGGCGCAACACAGCCGCAGGAGUACUGCGUGGGCUAGUACACCAGAUCAUUGUUAAGCGCCCAUUAUUAGUCAAGUAUGCGCUGCCGUACUUUGAGCCACCAGAGAGGAUACAGGAGACGCUGUUGUCUUUUGAGACACUCUGGAUUAUCUUCAGCAAUAUCAUCACUAACAUCGAAAUCGGGACUAUAUUCUGCGUGCUUGAUGGACUCGAUGAGUGCGAGAACAGCACGCUGAGACUACUGUUACCUGGACUCGUAGGCCUACUUGCACAUCCAACGCCAUCUUCGACGAAUGGUGUCUUCAAGCUAGCAAUCCUUAGCCGAGACCUGCCUGGCCUGCAAGGCUGCACGGCAAGGGUGAGGAUAGAUCCUGAUAACGAUGAGAGGGUGGCUAGUGAUAUUCAGCGGUUUGUGUCUGCCCGAGUAGAGGAGCUGUCCAGCAUCAAGGGCUUCAACGACAAUUUUCGCAAGUUUGUACACGAUGCUCUUCUCCAACGCACCGAAGGAACAUUUCUAUGGGUAGGCUUCGCAAUUUACGAGCUGUUGCAGAAACAGACAUGUACUGAGAUUUUGGAGACGCUUGAGGAUCUGCCAAGCGGCCUUCCGGCGAUAUACAGUCGUAUGCUGCUGCGAAUCCCAGGAAAACAUAUAAAACUGAGCCGGGCAAUCUUGCAGUGGGUAACUAUGGCCGAUCGCCCUCUACAGCUGAAAGAGCUAGCCGCGGCAGUAGGCAUUCAGGCUAAUUCUCAAAUGACUGUGGAACAUGUAGCACGCGACGCCGUUGAUCUGUGCGGACCUUUACUAAAAACACAGGAGCAGAUUAUCAGCCUCGUCCACCAGUCAGCGAGAGACUACCUGCUCCGCGUAGAGUGCGAUAGUAACCCAGUACUUGAGACAUUUCGAUUCAACUCAGAAAUUGCACACCUAGAGCUAGCACAAAAGUGUCUUGACUGUAUCUCGCAGAGCGACUUGCGAUGCAGAAUGAUUGACCUAAACUUUGAGCUAGAUUCUCAAGUGUCUCCACUCUUGCGAUAUGCAGCGCUCCACUGGCCUAAGCACGCGAAGAGCUGUCACGCACUGGCAGCAACUCUCUUGAACUUGUCCGAAUUUUUCGUCCAAAAAAUAUCUCUUUUGCACGAUCAUUGGUGGAGGCACUAUUCUCAUGAAAUAGGAGAAUACGAAAAUGAGGCCCCACCAUUUCUGCAUAUGGCGUGCUCUCUGGAAAUUAUACCAUGGGUAGAGGCGGAGCUGGCAAAAAAACCCUUGAGACCUUUUCGCUACUUUUCAGUGAACAUGAAGGAUAGAAGUGGAAAAACGGCGCUACAUAGGGCGGUUAAUCAAGGGAAUGAGGUAAUAGUACGGCUACUGUUAGAUAAAGGAGCAGACCUCGAGGCGAAGGACAAGAUUGGGAGGACGGCGCUAGACAGGGCGGUUGAUCUAGGGAAUGAGGUAGUAGUGCGGCUGCUAUUAGACAGAAGAGCGGCCUUUAAGGCGAAGGGCAAGACUGGGAUGAUGGUGCUGCACACUGUAGCCCUGACAGGGUACGAAGCGAUGUUACAGCUACUGACAGAUAAAGGAGCGAACGUCAGCGCGAUAGACAAGGAUGGGUUCACAGUGUUGAACUGAAUAAGCGGAAAUAACCAUGAGGGUAAAGCAGCUGCUAUUAGAUGCAGG